UUUUCCACGCUGGUUGAUGAAGGUGACCUAUCCCGAUUUCCUUCUCUACGAACUAUUGGAGUGGAGCUUGUUCGCAGAGCCCGAGUGCUUGCUGACGUUUCCGCGCCUGGAGGCGUUCAGAAGAAGGAUUGAAAGUCUGCCCCCGGUGCGAACCUACAUAGACUCGAACGUUCAUCAGAUGGCCACUGACAGGGAACAGAGCUCGUUUUGGAACAAAGCGGGAUAAUCAAGUCAUUCUAAGUCACCACACGCGACAACAUUCGAUCUUUUGAAAGAAAUUUGUUUUCAUGAUUUCCCAUAGACAUUGACUUCCUCAUAUUUCAAGCAAAAUAUAUGAACUUCCUUUUCAAGCGUUAGCAUACAA